ACAAAUAACAUUGAUAUCAAUCUCGUCUCAGUUGCUGAUACGGAUAACAUCAGGAAUGUUUUUAUCAAUCAGGAAUGUUUCGGAUGAUAAAGUUGUCGACAAGAAGAUUGACGCUCUCCUACAAGCCAUAUGCAAAGAAGGAGGUCUGGGACUUGUGACUUGGGUAGAGCAUGGCACAAAAAACAUCCAAAUGGAAAAGAACACUGGAGAAGAAGUUAGAGGAGAAGCUGAAGAAGAAAACGAAAAAAGUGAUGAUAAGGAAACAUCAAGGAAACGAAAAAUAAAAGUGAGGAUAGAUAGCACGAAGAAACUGAAAGCACCAGAGUCGAGUGUUUCUGAUAGUUCUAUCGAGCACACUGAAGCAUUACACAUGAAAGCAAAACUUGAGCAACAAGCAAAAAAGGUAGAAACAUUGGAGUCUAAAUUAGAAGAGAUGGGAAAACAGCUUCAGAGCUUUGAGACAAUGAAAUUAAGGGUUGACCUUUUGGAGAAUGAAUUUAUGCUACUAAAAGAGAAGUCAAAGACUAAUGAGAUGUUCAAAGUACCACAACUUAAAGAUGAAGACAUAUCUACAGACAAAAUGUUUGCUAAGAAGGCUGUAAGAGACAGAAUGGUCGAAUCCGAUGAUGAGAGCACAGUGGAUGGAUAUCCGAUGUUGAACACUCAGAAUACGCAGCCUCAAAAAUCAUCGCCUCCAAAGAUAAUUCAGCCCACUGCUUCUAUUGCAGAAAAGUUUAUCCAGAGAAAAGUUGGGCAAACGUUAAAGGUUAUGGGAGUUGACCAGCCUAAAGUUGGGAGAGAAAAGAGCACAAGGGUAAAGAAUUUGGGACCAGCUCUACAGACACCAUUUAGAGGUAUCCUACCAAAUUUAGAUAACAACAAACAAGAUAACCAGCUAAACAUUAUGAGGGGACGUGGAUAUGAUCCCUUUGCACCAGUGGAUAUGCAAAAGGUUAAGAUUCUGGAUGAUUGGUUGCAGUUAGACGAGGAAUAUCCAAUAGGCUCUCAAAACAAUGGUGUAGAAUUCUUUAAAAUUCUCCGAACUCCUCAAAACUGGCUUAAUGAAGAGAUACUUAUUUCACCGUCGUGUGGACCCGAAGUUAUAAUGAGUUUUUAUCAGCGCAAGAUCUGCCUAUUUUCCCCAAUGGAGCACAUGAUUAUUGUUCUGGAAAACUACCAGCAUUUGCAGGGACUGGGAAAAAGUGGAUGAUCGACGUUGAUUAUAUUACGGUGUUCUCUUUGUCAAUAACAACCACUGGGUAGCGAUUUAUAUUUCUAUUCCUAACCGUUGUUUUGAAGUCUUUGACUGUGGGCUUAAAGUAGUACAAAUGAGCAGAUCGUCAAAGCAGUUAAGCCAUUCGCUCAUAUGCUACCGCACUUACUUCGAGCUUCAGCUCCACCAUCAGAAAGGCCAAAGAUGAGUGUCGAACAAUAUAAGAUUCGAAGACCACGGCAAGGGAUUCCUCAAAUGCUGAAAACAGGUGAUUGUGGAAUUUAUGCAAUAAAGUUCGUUGAGUGUCAUGCACUAGGUUCUGAGUUUAGGACACCUAUAUCUGAUGAAAAUAUCAAGAUGGUUAGAGAAAAGCUUGCCGCAGAAAUAUUCGAGGAGACUGAACAAGAUGGUCACACAGUUUCAAACCCGCUCCCGUUUCAAUCAAGCGAUCGUGAGUUGUUAUAUCCGUAUUGAAGUUGCAUUCUUAAUUUAUUGUUUAUGCAUUGUACGCUUAUAUGACUUUUCACUUGGACUUCAUUUUUUUUAUUGUUUUGACUCAUAUGGUUUAUGGGUUUGCAACAUUCGAAAGCCUGCAAUUUCUUUAAAAUUAUUGGCUCAUAUGUUUGGUGACU